CCGAAGAAGGUGCAGCCAGGUAUGCUUCAGUCCAGCUUAGUGCAUGCCAGUGUGGCCACGAUGCAGAAUCCAAUGGGCUGUGUUCUGCCACGGCUCUCCGUCUCCUCCCGUCCCACCACCAUGGUGGCCAACAUGGAGGCGGUGGCUGAUGGCUCAGCCCCUUUCACCAUGAUGAAGUUGAAGACUGUACUAGCGGUGUUUGUGGUGGUGGUGGCGUACCUUGUGGCAGGGGGCUUGGUGUUCCGGGCACUGGAGCAACCCUUUGAAAAUAACCAAAAGAUCACAAUAACAGCAGAGAAAGCAGCCUUCCUGCAAAAACACCCAUGUGUGUCCUACGAUGAGCUGGAGGCUAUAAUCAAGCACUCUGUGGAGGCUGUGAAUGCUGGAGUGAAUCCUAUCGGUGAUACCUCCUACAACUCCAGCCACUGGGAUCUGGGUAGUGCUUUCUUCUUUGCUGGAACCGUCAUCACAACCAUAGGAUAUGGUAACAUUGCCCCAAGCACUGAAGGAGGAAAGAUUUUCUGCAUUCUGUAUGCAAUAUUUGGUAUCCCACUGUUUGGAUUCCUACUGGCAGGUGUCGGGGAUCAGCUAGGUACCAUAUUUGUCAAAAGCAUUGCCAAGGUGGAGAAAAUGUUUCGGAAUAAACACAACCAGAUCAGUCAGACUAAAAUCCGUGUUGCGUCCACCCUCCUCUUCAUUCUGGCUGGAUGCAUCUUGUUCGUCACCAUUCCAGCAGUGAUCUUCAAACACAUUGAGGGCUGGACAGCUCUGGAGUCAACAUAUUUUGUCGUCAUUACUCUGACAACAGUUGGAAUAGGUGAUUAUGUGGCAGGUGGAGACCGGAGGAUUGAGUACCGGAAGUGGUACAGACCACUAGUAUGGUUCUGGAUCCUUGGUGGUCUGGCCUACUUUGCUGCAGUGCUAAACAUGAUUGGUGACUGGCUGAGGGUGCUGUCCAAAAAGACAAAAGAAGAGGUUGGAGAGAUCAAGGCUCACGCAGCAGAGUGGAAAGCAAAUGUGCGAGCAGAGUUCCGGGAGACACGUCGGCGUAUGAGUGUUGAGGUUCACGACAAGCUGCAGCGAGCUGCCACCAUCCGGAGCAUGGAGAGACGGCAACUGGGCCUGGACCAGCGCGCUGUGUCCCUAGACAUGCUUUCGCCAGAGCGCCGCGCUAUCUUUAACAGCCUGGACACAAACAACUACAGGACAACUUCCCAAGAGAGUAUCGACACCAAGCUCAACAACCUUCGACUGCGUGGGGCAGAGCAGUGUGACCAGCGCCCCAACCACCAGACCACAUCUGAAGACAACAUUUUCAACCGCUUGGGCUCCGUCACAAAGCUGGCCAAGCGCAACAGGAAUCGGGACCUGAAGAAGAACAUACCAGAUGAGGCGCGCCGUCCUCACAGUGAGGCCUAUGGCUGCAGCACACCUACUUUUGACUGUAGCACACCUACUACAAAUGAAGGAAAAAGGAAGGAUGAAGAAAUGGAUGAGAAUGAAGACAAAGAAUACAACACCAGCUUGUCUGAUUUUCCACUGUUUGUGGAAGCUUGCAAGCCACAGAAUGGGUUUAUUCAAGAGCAGACCAAAGAAAAUGAGAGUGAGAAAACACUUGACACAAAAGAGUUGCAUAUUCAGAUGGGCCCAUAGAUUGUGUGUACUCAUUUAACAGAACGUUUUAAAUACCAUUAGUGCCUUUGAUCUCCCUUACUCCUGUGUGUGCUUAAGCAGGGACAUCAUCUGUCCCCUUGGUCUAUACUGUAAUGUUCACAUAUACACUGUGCCCUAUGGAUCUGAUAGGCACAUAUUGUGUUGUUUAAAUGCAAGAACUGGUAGGGUUUCUGCAAUUGUGCUAUGCCAAAUAAUAGUCACAUUGAAGUAAAAAGUGUGAGCGAAUAAGUGUUUAUAGCAUAACAAAGUUUUUUUAUUAUUAUUAUUUUACAGGUAUGGCCAUUAUUUCUCUCAGUUAUUUUGUUACUAUACUCAACUAUACAGUAGUAAUUGUUAAAAUAAAAUCCACAUGUAUAUUUUUGAGGGAUUUAAGAUUCCAGUAGGAAUCUCUCAUUGGAAGCAUAGUGUUCACUGAAUAUCUCUAGUUUCAUGUUGCAAUACAGUACAUCAGUUGCAUUCUAACAUGAGCAUACAUCAACCAGCAGCAACGAAAACAUCUGUGUGACAAGUUUUGGGUUAGUUCUGUGUCUUCUAUACAUAAUGCUCAUAUCCUAAAUUCACAAAAAAACAAACAAACAAAAAACAGAUCACUGAUUUACAUUUACAUUAAAUGAUACAUCUAAAAGUGUGACAGCGGUUAGUAAUGAAAGCCUAAAGUAUCAUUUUUAUAUCUGCACAGCCAUGAGAAUCUGUUGUGACCACCUACAUCUCAAAAUGUUCACAUAACCAUACAAACAUAAAUAUGUCCACCCAUGAAGACAAUGUGUGAUAAAAAGAACUGUAUGCUUGUUCAUAUCUACUUUGAAACAUUGGAACAUUCACAUAUGUGGAUGGAUUUUUCCCUGUAUUUACAUGAAAGGCAGAUGGUACUUUUGAAAUGUGUGUACUUGUUUGUAUUUGCUUUGCUUCCAGUGUGUUUUGUACUUCACCCAACAUCCAACAUGUAGCUACUGGUUAUACUCUCAGGAUCCACAUACCACUUGUUACUGAGGUAGUACUAAAAAUACAGAAGGGUAUAUGGAUAGAUUGUGUUUCCAUUACUUGAGCUAGUGUAGACUUUGUGCCUACAAAAAGGAACCAAACUUAUCAAUGAGCUGAUCAGUACCUUCCUGCGGGGUCAGGCUGCUCAUUAAGAAAAGCGAAGCUGCUUUGGAGGAAAUCCAAGGAGGGAAUCUGCUGGUAUGGCAGAGUAUCCAAACUGAACAAAAGUAUUACCAUAUGUGACAGUCGGCUUGCCUGUCUAUCUUUUGUCUAUAUGAUCCAACUCUAUACUGCACUAGAUGGCGAAAGCAGACCAUCAGGACAGCGAGUUGCCUGGUCCUGGUGCUUUCCCACACCUUCUCAGUACGAGUGGAACUUUCUCUUCUGUACAUCCUUUUUUGAUUCAUAUAUUCUACAUACUAACAACACACUGUUCACCUAUCCACACACAUGCACACACACACUCGCUAGUCAAAUACUGUUACAUUCCAUGGUAUUUUUGUUUUUUGUUUGUUUUGUGUUGGAUUCAUGUUUUUCAUGAAUAAUAUGUUAGUUAUUGGCCUUGACUCUGCAUAUCAGUCUCUUUUAUCAGCUUCUGAGUCAGGCUGUGGCACAAUAAUAAAUCAGAAUGAUAGAGUGUUGACACUUGGAUGUAACAUGAAAUGCUACUCUUAUAUGAAGUGUCAUUUUUAAUGGAUGGAUUGCUAAGAAAUGAUUACACAUAUCUUAACGAGGUCUGACAUGUACAAGGACCUACACCUCGGUGCUGUGACUCCAUAUAAAUCACACCAUAAGUCAUAUACACAAAAAUAUGAAUGAAAAAAUUAAUCACUCAAAAAAAGCUGCUGUGAUAGAAUAGGAUAGUAAGACAAGUGAAGCUUGAUUUAAAUGUAACACUUUCACUAUAUAUUUGUUGUCGUGGUGUUUUUCAUGUUGCCUUGUCUCAACUAAAUUCUUAAAAUGUACUUUUAAAUGGGAAUGAAAAUGAUUCAGAACAUGUCAUAUGUUGUCUGUGCAUGGUACCCAACCUAAACUGUUUUCUCAGUGCAGUGUCCAAAAAUAAUAUCUAGAUCAUGACCUCGUUGAACACUAUCUCAGGGCUUGUUGUCCUCAUGUUUGUUGUUGAAACUGUCUGAAAAGUUCUGCAUUCACAUUUUGUGAGGACGAAGGAUCAAUGGCUUUACCUGUGCUGUGUGAAAAUUAAUGAUAACAGACUGACAGAUAAGCCAUAAUGCAAGAGGAGGGUCUGUUCCAUACUGUACAAAAAAUACCAAUGAUGCAGGGGGUGGGUUUAAGAUUAUAAAGCACACUGCAAUCAUGUGAGAGUGCAAAGUGUAAGUUUUGUUGUACUCAACAGACUGUCAGAAAACAUGGAGGUAUGGCUUACCCAUAAAUCCCAGAGGGGACAUUUUGGAGUUGUUAUUUGAUCGUAUCCCUUAUCGACAAUCUGGAAAAUUCGACUAAAUGAAAAUGAGUUGGGACAGUCAACCAUGACUACUGACAGGCUGAGACACUUGUUUAUCAAGUUUAUAAGCUCAAAAACAGACUUCUCUAAAAGCUUAAAUACCUCUUAAAUGUAUUCUAAAACUCACCCAAAAGACACACAGAAGAAGGAAAAUAAGUACUGGGAAUCAAGCCUAGUAUGAAAAGAGUUGUACUUCUUGGGGCAAGUUUGGACACCAUAUGGAACUCUCUGUAGUCCCAGUUUUUUGUUUGUGUUUUUGCAGCCAGCAUCUAGUGGCCAUCACAAGUACUGCAAUCUUAUGGCAUUUGUGCUUUGGCUGCAGCUUUCAGUUAUGGUGGUGACUGCUUAAAGCGUUCAAUAUAAUUCUCACAAAGCACACUACAUUUCCACACUUGCUGUGUAUCAUUGAGGGAAAUAGCAUCAAAUGCAUAAAAAAGUAAACUGUGCCACUCGCCGUAUUACAGUGAUAUUAUGAUGCUCACAUUAUGUUUGGAGUGUAUGUGAAAUACAAUCCACAGCCUCAUGUUAAUAUAUUCACUAUUUACAUAUGCAGUCUCUCAGUCUGAUUCUACCAUUCACAGUACUAAGUAAAGCUCUACGUGUGAAUGCAACAAACGCAAGGACUACAUGUGUCUUAAAAAUCCUCCCAAGAUACAUAAAAAUUUCAAAGCUUAAAGAGAAAAGCGAGACAUGGAACAAAAAAGGCAUGCUAUAAUGCAAAGCUAUAAUAUGAUGUAUAUGGUGUCGAUUGUAAACCACCACAUGCUCCAGAGGAUGACGCUUACGUGGCAUUUGUUUUUGUUUUGUUUUUUUAACUGCUUGUGUGAAAAUGCACAAGCUGCAUAUGCUCUGUACUUAGACUCUGCUUAUAGUAUCUCACAUGCAACCAUUACAUUAAAUGUAGUGAUUGCCUUUUGAAAAUAAAGAUUACUGAAUGAAGCUA